AUGACAAGGUCCUCUCAAAGCGUUAACGGGAAUUUUAACGCGCGUCCUGUCGCGCCUUUCGUCACAGUGUUGCGCUCAAAACUAAAACAACCUCAAUUUUACUGGUUUCUUGGCCAUUUUCUCACGUUGUACCAUUAUUUUAGGUACAGUUUUUCUUUUGCCCAAUCUUCGUUUAGGAAGCAGUAUAGUUCAGUUCUUUUCUACAUUAUCAUCACAUAUGGUAUUGUUCUAUAUCAGUUCUACAAAUCAGGUCAAUUGAAGGUUUCGACGCUCAAAUCGCAGUUGCAGACGCUGGACAAUCUGCAGUAUUUCGUUAUGACGUCGAUCCUGUGGUGUUGCAGUGGGGCCAAGGUGAUAUCUAUGGCUAUGUUGUCGCCUGUAAUAUUUGCAUUAUUUCACUCUCUAAACUACUUCAAGGAGAACCUGUUGCCAUUUCUUCCUCUGCAUCCGCUGUUGAAGACGUUUCUAGCGGACAAGAUCACAUUUUUUAUCACCAACUACAAUGAGAAAUGCCUCAUGCUUGCACAAAACUCGGAGUUUAUCACCCUGUUACAGGUAAUAAUGUUACUUCCUAUUGAUUUUUUCAGUCUACUUUGGAGAUUUAACGUCACAAAUCUAUUGAAGCUUACUGCAGUCGCUACAUACGCGUGGUUUUUUAAGCUGCGCUACAUGCAAUCGCCGCAGAUGAAGGCUAUUGUCCAUCAAUACGAUAUAAAGGCUGAUCAGUUGUUCCAGCAGAGAGCUCCGCAACUAACACUGAAGUGGCAGGGCAUCAAGAGUCUAUUAAUUAGAUUUUUUAGUAUUAUCCCUAUUUAG